AUGUACCUUGAUCCCAUUAAUGUCGAACCUAAUGUUGGUGCUUAUGAAGAAUGUCAUGUUAUGCCAAAUGUUAUGGAAAAUGUUGAAGCCUCUGAAACUAGUAAUAGACCUAGAUCUAUUAUUACUUUGAGUAAAUCUAGCAUGAUUGUUGUGGAUAUAGACGACGUAGAUAAGAAUAUUUGUGUGUUGAUCUCUCAAGUUUUGCGUAUUGAACUUAAGACCGGUGUUGUGUUAGAUGUCUCCACAUCCUUGGCCCAACCUAAUAACACUACUAAAACCCCUCUGGACAAAUCUGAUGUCAAUGUAUCUACUCAUUCUCCUAAAAAAUCGAAAGAUAAAGAGGAUUCUGAUGGGAUGUCUGGUGAUCUAGCUGACAAAGAAGAAAACUCUAUAGAGAUAAAGGAUCAGUCUACUAACAUAGUGAAUAUAGAUGAUCUGGACUUUGAUAAUGUGCUCAUUCGUCAAAGACUGGCUCUAGGAAUAGCUAAAAGGUUGAAGAACAGAAAAGGUAAAUCAGUUGAACCCUCCAACAGACCCUCUAAAUCUCUCAAAAGAAGAACUAGUGUUGGUCCUACAAAAAGAUGGAGCAAGGACAUCGUUUCUGCUACCAGAAAUAAAGCUUCUGGGAAUAAGAUUCCAGCAAAUAUUCUUGAAGUUCCAAUUGACAACAUUUCCUUUCACUCUAUGGAAAAUGUAGAGAAAUUGAAAUUUGUUUACCAAAGAAGACUAGCACUCGAAAGAGAACUUGGCAAAGGUGCUUUUGAAUGCAAAGAGGUGAUAAGUCUGAUUCAAGAAGCUGGGUUAAUGAAAAUUGUAACUGGCUUUGGAAAGGGUUAUGAAAUGCUUGUUAAAGAAUUUAUUAUGAAUAUCUCUAAGGAAUGUGAUAACAAGGAGCAAGGAAUUUAG